CUCGCUCGGGAUUCCUCGACGAUAGUUUCGAGUGACCACUGGCGAGUCGCAGUCUUCGGGGACCAAAAGUGUCAAAAACGUUCGCUUUCUCUCCUUCUAGAGCAAAAGGAAUGAAAAAAACGCGAGUUUUCGCGGGGUGGAAUUUCGCAACGAGGCCGAGUUCCGGGCAAUAGGUUGGUCAUUAUUAUACGUAACUCGGUCUGCUCGCAGCUUUGACAUCAAAAAUUGUUCAAGGGACACACGGUGUACGGAGGACAAAGCGAGAGGGACAGAGAAAAAUCGCGAAGGGUAGGAAAGAGAAAAAGAGAGACUCGCUCUCUAGCUGUGUUGUGAAAGUUAUACACGAGUGGAAGGCAAGAGGGGAUCCUGGAUCGCUUCUGGUACCUCUGGUAGAUCGUGGCUAAGCCAGUCGCUGGUUCGCCGCUCACCUAAACGGCUUUCACCUGGCCGAUUACGAAGAUUCUUGGUCGUCGACCGCCUCGAAUGAUUCUGCUCUCCAUCGAGUGUCUUUCGAGCGCGUGUACACGAAAAAACCGUGGUUACGUGGCCGAUGAUCAGUGACCGACCAUAGCUCGGCAUGUGACUCGUGUUCUCGUCGAGGAGAUUUGUGUGUCCAUGCAAGCAGAGGAGGAAGAAGGAUUCGUGAACGGAUCCGGUCUUCCGAAAACGAUCCAGGAAGUGCACCUUUGAUUUAUCCUGCCGUGCCUAAACAUCGUGUUUCGUUCCUGGUAGCUGGUGGAGGUCUCGCUCCCAUCCAGCAGAAUGUCCAAAAAUCAGCCACAAAAUGGAAUGCUACCGGGCGAUGCAGUGGUAGCUGGUGCAGAUGACUUUUCAGACGGCGAGAGCACACCACUAAGUCAGGACUAUGGCGAAAGUCAAAGGAUGGUGGUGGAAACAAAAGGGUGGGAUGUGUUCCGAAAUCCACCCCCAAAAAUCGACUCGGGUUCGAUGGCCAAUCAAAGAUGCCUGGAGGUGACGGUACAGAUAACUAAGGUCAUCGUUUACCUCUUAGUUUUUGUGAUAGUGCUAGGAAGCGGUGUAGUUGCCAAAGGAACAAUUCUAUUCAUGACAUCACAGCUCAAAGCUGAUCGAAAGAUCGACUACUGCAAUAGGCAGUUAGGCCGGGACAAGCAAUUCGUAGUCACGUUACCAGAAGAAGAGAGGAUAGCGUGGAUCUGGUGUAUAAUAAUCGCGUUCGCAGUGCCCGAAUUCGGCACGUUGAUUCGCAGCCUUCGAAUAUGUAUCUUCAAGUCUUGGAAGAAGCCACCGAUUUCUCAUUUCCUUCUCGUGUUUCUCAUGGAGACCUUCCACGUGGUCGGUCUGGCUCUAAUGUUUAUGGCAGUGCUUCCCGAUUUGGACGUCGUUCAAGGCGCGAUGCUGACGAACUGCGUGUGCUUCGUACCUGGAUUGCUAGGGCUCCUUUCCCGCAAUAAAAAUAAAGAAGAAUCGAAGAGAUUCGUCCUGGUGCUGAUCGAUAUUGCUGCACUGGCUGCUCAAGGAACGAGUUUCGUCCUUUGGCCAUUGCUGGACAGUUCUAAACCUUCGUUGUGGCUCAUAGGACCAGCUCUGUUUCUAGUUUCCUGUGGCUGGUGGGAGAAUUACGUUUCUAUGCAAAGCCCCAUUGGAUUCGUUCGGUCUUUGGGCAGAGUGAAGAAAGAACUGAGACUUACUCGAUAUUUCACCUAUUUGUUCGUGUCGGCCUGGAAGAUCGUAGGAUUCUUCAUCAGCGCUUUACUCAUACUUUACGUAAAGGGAGAAACCGUGGGACAUUUGUUCACGAUGCUGAGCAGCGCAUUUGGAAACCAUAAGAUCAUGGUAUCGAAGAUACGACCAGACUCCUCCAGUAGGAUCACCGACAUCUCCGACGUGAUCGAAAUCGGUGAUAAAAUACCCAUAGACGCAAGCGUGAACACGCCUAUAUACGUCCUACUAUUGCAAAUAUUCGGCGCUUAUUUCGCAUAUAUUUUUGGUAAAUUCGCUUGCAAGAUUCUGAUACAAGGAUUUAGUUACGCCUUCCCUGUAAAUCUGACGAUACCAGUAUCGAUCUCAUUCUUGAUUGCCGCCUGUGGUUUGCGAAAUGGUGAUCCUUGCAUUUUCCACGGCACUUUUCCUGAUUAUCUAUUCUACGAGUCGCCGCCGCCAUAUUUCCUCAACGAUUUUGUGUCGAAGCAAUACGCUUGGGUGUGGUUGCUCUGGCUAUUAUCUCAAACAUGGAUUACUUUGCAUGUCUGGACUCCAAAAUGCGAACGUCUGGCCGCUACGGAGAAGCUUUUCGUCGUUCCCAUGUACAAUUCUCUGCUAAUCGAUCAAUCAAUGGGGCUGAACAGAAAACGGGACGAUCAACCGGAGGUGAAGGUCGAGGAUCUGGCGGAAAUAGAAAAAGAAAAAGGAGAUGGAGAUUACGAGACUAUAUACGAGCAAACGGACGCUACAACGACACCCCCGUCGGCUGUAAAAAGCAGCGAUCACGUAACCAGAAUCUAUGCCUGCGCGACGAUGUGGCACGAGAACAAGGAGGAAAUGAUGGAAUUUUUAAAAAGUAUCUUGCGUCUCGACGAGGACCAGUGCGCUAGACGCGUCGCGCAAAAAUAUUUAAAGGUCGUCGACCCGGACUACUAUGAAUUUGAAACUCACAUUUUCUUCGACGACGCGUUCGAGUUAGCGGAUCACGACGAGAACGAGUCGCAGGUGAACAGGUUCGUUAAACUAUUAGUCGGCACUUUGGACGAGGCUGCGUCGGACGUCCAUCAGACGAGAAUGCACGUGAGAGCACCGAAAAAGUACCCGACUCCUUAUGGUGGUCGACUGGUUUGGACACUUCCUGGAAAAACAAAAAUGAUCGCUCAUCUGAAGGACAAGAGCAAGAUCCGUCACAGGAAACGUUGGAGUCAGGUUAUGUACAUGUAUUACUUGCUCGGACACAGAUUGAUGGAGUUGCCGAUUAGCGUAGAUCGCAAGGAAGUGAUCGCGGAGAACACUUAUUUGCUUACUCUCGACGGUGAUAUCGAUUUCCAACCAGCCGCCGUGAAAUUGCUCGUAGAUCUGAUGAAGAAGAACAAGAACCUCGGAGCGGCCUGCGGUCGCAUCCACCCUGUUGGUUCCGGACCCAUGGUGUGGUAUCAGAUGUUCGAGUACGCGAUCGGUCAUUGGCUGCAAAAAGCAACCGAGCACAUGAUCGGUUGUGUACUUUGCAGCCCCGGUUGCUUCUCGCUCUUCAGAGGGAAAGCUUUGAUGGAUGACAAUGUGAUGAAGAAGUAUACCACGAGAUCCGACGAGGCCAGGCAUUACGUUCAGUACGAUCAGGGCGAGGACAGAUGGCUUUGCACGCUGCUUCUGCAACGAGGCUACAGGGUGGAGUAUUCCGCGGCCAGCGACGCUUAUACUCACGCGCCCGAGGGUUUCAAUGAAUUUUAUAAUCAACGUCGCCGAUGGGUACCUUCCACCAUAGCGAACAUUAUGGACCUUUUAGUGGACGCAAAAAGGACGAUUAAAAUUAACGAUAACAUUUCACUUCCCUAUAUCUCCUAUCAGAUCUUGCUCAUGGGCGGUACUAUUUUAGGACCAGGUACGAUCUUCCUUAUGUUGGUGGGUGCCUUCGUGGCUGCCUUCAAAAUCGACAACUGGACCAGCUUCUACUACAACAUUAUCCCUAUUCUACUUUUUAUGAUAAUAUGUUUCACGUGUAAGGCUAACAUUCAGCUUCUGUGCGCGCAAAUAUUGUCAACAGGAUACGCGAUGAUAAUGAUGGCAGUGAUAGUAGGUACGGCUCUUCAGCUCGGAGAGGACGGUAUCGGAUCGCCCUCCGCCAUAUUCUUGAUAUCACUGUCCAGUUCGUUCUUCAUAGCAGCCUGUUUGCAUCCCCAAGAAUUUUGGUGUAUCGUCCCUGGAAUAAUUUAUCUCCUCUCGAUCCCCUCCAUGUACCUGCUCCUGAUUCUUUACUCCAUCAUAAAUUUGAAUGUCGUCUCAUGGGGCACCCGCGAGGUCCAAGUGAAAAAGACCAAAAAGGAACUUGAACAAGAGAAACGGGAAGCCGAGGAAGCGAAGAGAAAAGCGAAGCAAAAGUCUUUGUUAGGAUUUCUCCAAAAUGGCGUUGGCUCGAACGACGACGAAGAAGGGUCUAUAGAGAUCUCCUUGGCAGGAUUGUUCAAAUGCAUGUUUUGCACUCAUGGCCAGACUUCCAACGAGAAACAGCAAUUGGUGGCAAUCGCUGAAUCACUGGAUCUUCUCGGGAAACGUUUGGAAACCAUGGAAAGGGUUCUGGAUCCGCAUGGACACGCAAGUUCGCGUCGACGGGCGUCCUCGGUGGGCUCUCGAACUGCUGAUCAUCUGGGCGCCAUCGGCGAGGAACCUGCCGAGGAUCAAGGAUGCCAUAGCGAUACAGAAACUGUGACUAGUCAGAAUACAGAAGGCAAUCAUGAGGUUAGCACUUUCGUCAGCCGCCCUUACUGGCUGAGCGAUGAAGGAUUGAAGAAAGGUGAAAUCGAUGUCCUGUCCCUUCAAGAGGAACAGUUCUGGAAGGAUCUCUUGGAGAAGUAUCUGUACCCUAUAGACGAGGACAAAGCGGAGAAGGCACGAAUCGCCAAAGAUCUAAAGGACCUACGAGACCAGAGCGUGUUCGCGUUUUUUAUGAUGAAUGCCCUCUUCGUCCUGAUCGUCUUUCUGCUGCAAUUAAACAAAGACUUGUUGCACGUGAAGUGGCCUUGCGGUAUCAAGACAAACAUCACCUAUGACGAAGCCACGCAGGAGGUACACAUUACGAAGGAGUACCUACAACUCGAGCCAAUCGGUCUAGUCUUCGUGUUCUUCUUCGCUCUGAUAUUGGUUAUUCAAUUCACCGCGAUGUUGUUUCAUCGAUUUGGCACGUUCGCCCAUAUCCUGGCCAGCACCAGCUUGGAUUGGUACUGCUGCAAGAAGACCAAGGAUUUGUCAGAGGAAGCCCUGCUUUCGAAACACGCCGUGGAAAUAGUUAGGGAUUUGCAGAGAUUAGACGGAAUGGAGGGCGAUUACGAGGAGGGCAGCGGCAGCGGCCCUGGAAGGAGAAAAACUAUAAGAAACCUCGAAAAGAGCCGAAGGAAAACGCAGGCAAUCAAUACGCUCGAUGUCGCGUUCAGGCAGAGAUUCUUCAGCAUGUCCGAGGGCAACGGUUUGCCGAGGAACAUGUCGACGAGACGUUCCGCGAAGGCUUUCAAGGCUUUCGAGGGCCGCAGGAACAGCAUCAUAGCGAUGAGACGAAAGUCGCAGAUGCAGACUCUAGGAGCGAAUAAUAUUUACGGAGUGGCGGGCAAUCCUCUUGGAAUUCAAGGACGUCCUUCGAGAAGUAGUCAGAUAUCCGUCAAGGAUGUCUUUGAGGGACACGGGGGCCACGUGAAUGUCGCGUAUCAACAGGAUGAGAAUACUGGAAGCAGCCUCAGACUUCACAAUCUUGGUCAGAGUACGUGGAGGGAAGCCAACACUAACAUCUGAUCGGAUAGCGUGUAACAACGUAUGAGUUCUACAGAAGAGCAACGCUGGCCACCUUCCUCGUGCGAUGACAUCCGGAAGACUACGCGACUAAUGGUCGCAGCUGGCCUAGUUACGCUAAGAAUAGUGGAAUCGAUGGAUUCCAUCUAAAUUUCGUCACGUAUUCCAGCGCUUCCUAUAGCAGUUAUUCGUUAAACCGAUGUAUGUUGUGAGAGUGGUUAGAAAAAUACGAAAAAGACUGCCUUCGCGUAGAAUAAUUUAUUGUGGAAUGAAUGGAAUAGUUCCGCCUUUAAACUCUUUUUCUUUUCUUUUUUAAGUACUUUUUCCUAAACGAUAAUAAUAAUUAUUACACUACUACUAAUAAUAAUAGCAACAACGAAAAGAGAAGUUGGUUAGCGACCAAUUAUACCUACGUACUAUUAAACUCUGAGAGUUUAAACAUCAGCGAAUCGAAUUCGAAACGUUUGAAAUUUGGAAAAGUUAAAGUUAGUCUUUUUUUUUUCUACUCGUGACUAGACAUUUAAGAUAAACGAACUGACCGGUGAAUAGUAAUAUUUCGUAGAACGACUACCGUGCGAUAGAUGACGGUUUAACCCCUUUAUGCUCACAGUAUUAUUUUCUAUACAAAAUAGUUUCAGACAAUUGUUGCGUGGUUUCCUUUCAAGGAUUAUUCUUCAAAAAUUUCAUUCUUCAAGAAAAGCCACCUUAUCGAUGCAGACACGAAGGGGUUAAAAGUAGGGUAAUUACUGUAGACGAUAACGCGUAAUACCCUUGUUAACUGGUAACGUAUCAGCGAGCACACAUUAUCACUCACGUGUGACAGUUAUCGCAACGACGACGCUUACAUUUGUUUUUGCUCCUCUGAACGUGAUACAGCCGUUAUAUAUUUAAUCGAUAGACGUCUUUUGUACAUAACGCGUGCGUACGUGCAAAACGAAUUGCAGAAAAAUUGUGCUGACUGGGAACGAAAUAAAGUUGAUACCAUCAGCACUCAACAAC